UCACUUCAGUGUGGGUCCAUUAUUUUAACACCAAUGUAGAUAAAUCAGUCUCUGUAUUGCACAGAGACAGAAAAACAAAGUGGAAACAAUACGAAAAGGAUUUUGUCCUCAGAUUGUUGGUGAAUGCAAACCUCUCCUGGUGAACAUUAUUCAGAAUACUUCUUUGCAUCCUGAAGACACCUCUUCCACCAGCCAAUCCCCAAGCUCUGAAGCUCUGGGGAUGGAGUCACAUGCAGUUUCCUCACAGAAAGAGCCCUCUGCAAACCCUAACAUCUGCCUCAAAAGUUUCAUAGCUGCCACGCCAUGGAGCUUCUUGUAAAUGUGGGGAAAUGGAUAGAAGAAAACAAAACCGCCUUUUUGCCACCUGUGUGCAAUAAGCUUAUGCAUCGCCAUCAAUUAAAUGUGAUGUUUGUUGGAGGGCCAAAUGAAAGGAAGGACUAUCAUAUUGAAGAAGGAGAAGAGCUUUUUUACCAGAUUAAAGGAGAUCUGUGUUUGAAGAUAAUUGAAAAUGGGAAACGAAAAGACGUUGUCAUCCGAGAAGGGGAGAUGUUCCUCCUACCUGCUAGGAUACCUCAUUCUCCUCAGAGAUAUGCAAACACUGUGGGUCUUGUGAUUGAGAGGGCAAGAUUAAAGACCGAAAUGGAUGGGCUCAGAUACUAUGUUGGUGAAUCAACUAACGUCCUCUUUGAAAAAUGGUUUCACUGUGAAGAUCUCGGCACUCAACUUAAACCAAUAAUUCAAGAGUUUUUCAAUUCAAGACAAUAUCAAACUGGGAAACCAAAUCCAGAUGAACUCCUGAAAGAAACACCUUUCCCACUAAAUUCCACUUCUGUUAUGGAGCCAUUUUCCUUCCAAGGCUGGUUAAAUAACCAUCAGGGUGAAAUAAAACAGAAGAAAUCCUUGAGUAUGUUCGGAGAUAAAUUUGAAACAGAGGUUAUAGUUUAUGGACCAGGAACAACUGAGAAAAGUAAAAAGAAUUCAGAUAUCUGGAUAUGGCAGCUGGAGGGCACAUCGAGUGUUAUCAUGGAUGGUAAAACGCUGACUCUAUCUGCUGGUGACAGCCUGCUUGUCUGUGCCCAGUCUACGUACUUCUGGAAGAGAGCAGAAGAAUGCAUUGCGCUCUGCAUUGCUCAGGAUCCAAAACGCAAGCAGCCUUAUACUUAAGUUUUAUCUUACUUGUCUUAUCUCAAUGAUCUUUCAGUCAAAAUGCCUGGAAAUUGCAAUAGUUUAAUGCAACGAUUUCACUGAAUUAAGUGCAGUCUAGUGCUGUGCACAGGUAAAUUUUUUACCCCAAGUAAUUAAAGUUUCAGCAAAAUCUACAAUUUAAAAAACAAAGAAAACCCAGAACAAUCUUAUCUGAAAGAAAAUUAAAAGAAAUCCAAGUAGCAGGAUUACUUAUAUAUGAUACUAUCUAGAAUAAAUUAAAGGCUUUUCAAAUGCAAGUCUCUACCACAAGAUAUAGAAAAUUAGAUAGGACAGAUACUGUUGUAACUAUCUCUUUGUCUCAGUUUUGUCAUUUGUAAUAAAUUGGGUAUAAUCACAGCAGGGAAGCUUUAAUUGUCAGGGGCUCACAGAUGUUCUGAAAUCUUUGGCUAAAAGGUCCUUUAAAAAACCAAAACAAUCUGCUGCACUGCUAAAGGAUCUCAGCACUUUGUGAAAGAGAGGAAGAUGCAUUAGUAAAUGGGGAAGGAGUAGCUGCAACAACAUCAAGCAUUACUUAGAUUACCACUGUACUUACUUCACGUAAGUUUAUCAGUUUAUGAAAACCAACAGUGCAGUAUCAGUCACAGGUAGCAGCAGCAUGCUGCACACACCCUGCUGGAUGCUGCCUCUGCACCAUGCAAUCAAGAACACAGCACAGCGACAUGACCGACACAGGAGCAUCUGGGUCAUGGAUGCUCCUGUGCAGCAGGAAUCUCGAGUCAAAGUAGCCCAAGAAGUGUGUUGGGAAACAAGGGAACAGAAAAAUUAUCAAAAUCAGUUUCUACUAAAUGCCACUUCUUUUUGAGCCAUGUGGCUUCUUGCAGAAGUAAGAAAUGUCAAACUGUCUUUUUCUGCUUUUAUUCCAAGAACUCUCCAGGUGUGGUGGUUUGUUUUGGGUUUCUUUGGUUGGUUGGUUUGGUUUAGUUGGUUUGUUGGUUGUGGUUGUUUUGUUUUAUUUUUUAAACAUAUUUUCCUUUCACAUCAUUAACAUUAGAAAAACAAGUUGCUUAAAUGUUUGCAGCUAUUACAUGUUUGAGAAAGCAAAAAGUUACCACUUCUUGGGUUUUUUUGUAAUCCUAAUUAAGUACAGAAAAUAUUCCUUUAAUAUAUGUAUCAACCACAAAGCUCAUUAAACUGAGAUGUCAUAUGUGUUUUA